ACACCUGUUGUUGUAUCCCGAAAUGAACGUGAACGUGUACUUAUAGAACCAUCCAUAAAUUCGGUACGCGUUAGCAUUUCUGUUAAACAAGCCGACGAGAUUGAAAAAAUUCUUUGCCAUAAGUUCACACGUUUCAUGAUGAGACGAGCUGAAUCCUUCAUAAUAUUACGUAGAAAACCAAUUGAUGGCUAUGAUAUAAGUUUCCUUAUUACCAACUUUCAUACAGAACAAAUGUACAAACAUAAAUUAGUGGACUUCGUUAUAAGUUUCAUGGAAGAGAUUGACAAGGAAAUCAGUGAAAUGAAAUUGGCAGUGAACGCAAGGGCACGUACCUGCGCAGAAGAAUUCCUUAAGCGAUUUUAGACAUAAUCAUUUCUUGCAAAAAUAUAAUUAUAUUAUUAGUAAACCAUAUAAUUAUGAAAUUGUUUUGUAUUUCAAUUUAA